AUGGCGGCAAGUGUCACAUCGAUCGCGUCUGAUCACAAUGAUCAUCACUACAGUAAUCGAAGUGGUAGUUUACUUGAUGGAAUUGGAAUGUGUGAGAGUAUGACGGAAAGUUAUUGUUCAAUACCGACAUCAAAGUUUGGUGAUGAUGGAACAAUAACAAAUUCACCCGAUACAACAAUCACGACAAGUGGCUUAUCUGGACUGGAAUUAGACAGAAAAGACUCAAUAGGAAAAAAUGUGUUAAAGAAACGUCGUUCGAGACGAGCACUAUAUGAUGCGGAAGGAUAUUCGCCUCAUAAUUAUGGUCUAGAUAAAGUUGAAAUUUUGAACAUUGAGGAACAAAACGAAUUGGACACAAACAGUGAUGAAACUUGGCUUUAUCAAGCGCCAAGAAGUAUUCGUGAUCCAUCACCAAACCUCAUAUCUUGGGUUCACAAAGAAUUCAAAUCAGAUGAUAUAUCUGCAACUAAACAUCGCUUAUUAUGCAAAUUGGAUGAUAUGUCAAAUGCUCGUACUGUAAGAAGUAUGUCAUGUCACAGUUUUCCAGGUGGCCAAGAAAACGAUGGUGUAAAACGGAGUAACACAUCGGAAGAAGUCAAACCAGCCGAAUAUGUCCAAAAUUAUUGGACAAAUGCUGUUCGUGAAAACGUUUCAUAUUUGCUUAAAUUAAUGAAUUCGACGGAUAACAAACCAUCAUUUUCGUUUAUGGAUGAGAAUAGACCAACUGAUACUGUGAGAAUGUUUGAAUUGAAUUCAAUAGAAAACUUGUCGUUAAAAAUGAGAUUAUCAACAUUAAGUAUGGAUAGUAUCAACAGUACAAAUGAAAACGAUGAUUAUUUAUCAGCUUGCGAUAGUCUAGAUGAAGAUAAUGAACAAGACAAUACUAUAUGGCAAAACCAAUAUUUUGAUGAAAAUGCUCUAAACAAAAUUACAAACGAACGUUAUAUUAUUGAAAAUUUAACAGACCAGUGUAAUUCAAUGAGAAAAAAUAGUUAUCAAUGUUCGAUGGAUAGUUUAGAUUUAGAAUGGAAUACUCCCAUUCAUGUUCUUUAUAACAACAUUGAAAACUUACUAGAAAGUCAACCAACUUCACAACAGCUACGAGCGACAUCACCUGCAGUUAUAAAUUCAAAUACGAGACCUGUAUCACCUGUACGUUUAAGUGGAGCUUCGCCGUCGAGACAUGGCUCCACAAUUAAUCCCGCUGUGACUACAAUUAAUUCAAUAGCAAGAUCUCGAGAUGUAUCACGUGAAAGAGAAUUAUACGAUUACACAGAUGUUGAAGUGAUGGCAAAAGUACAACUAGAAAAUUUGCGGCAAGCCGAUAAACAAGGCCCAUUAUCAAAACGUCAUGGCGGUAGUUCAAACACUUUACUAAAUACCGAAUCUCGCGAUUCAUCUCCAACCUCCGCAUUCGCUACUACUCCUGUGAGUAAUGAUAUCAAACAUCGUCAACAAAGUCCAAAAAAUCAUUUUAGCAAUUCGCAUAACCCCGUUUCGUAUAAUAGUACUAAUACUGGUGCGCGAAACGGCCAAUCAACACCAAAACGAAAUUAUUCUCCAAAUCCAAGCACUACUGGACAUGUACGAAAAAAUUCAUUUGUUGUUAUGGAGUCACAAUACGCCCAUGUUUUACCAUCGGUGUCACCUCGAUCAGCAUCACCGGCAGUACAGAACUGGAGUGGACGUACCACGCCCACAGUCCCUUCUCAGUUGAAAACAUAUAUUGAAACCUCUCAUAUAAAUACAUCUGGAUCAUUUGAUGUCAAUGGCGAUCAACAACAAAACCAAGCAAAAAAACAUUCUUAUGGACAACAAGGACGAAAUUCUGCUGUUGAACUUAAUCGUACACGUCCAACAACAAAUUUUGCUUCUAUAGCAACAAAUAAAUCAGGUGGUUCUAAUAUAUCUUUGGCUUCAACAGUUAGCUAUGCUUCAUCUAAUAGCAGCAUAGCACCAACUUCAACAGUUCGCUCUUCUGUGCCAAAUAAACCGCCAGUCGUUCCUAAAACAGUCACCAGAACAAAUGCGGGAGCAGUAAAACAAAAUUAUCGUCGUGCAUCAACACAACAAAUCUCGACUACAAAUAAUUACAAAGUAUCAGCCGUCGACAAUGCCAAUGUAAAAUUGGAUAAUGGUCUACUGAAGCAAGCACCACGUCCAAAUUUAUUACAGUCAAAUUAUAGCAGACCAUCAAAAACAGCUGUUCAUCAAACAUCCAACCGACCAGUACAGCCUUAUCGCGGUUCAUUAACUCAGGCUCCCACAUACACUUCUCAAACAGACAACGAUAAUAAUUCCAAUGAUGUCCAAGCAGUUAGCCAUCAACAAUCAUCUGCUGCGGUACGCAGUACAAAAGUUCUAAAACGACAAAAUCUCGGUUCUACAUAUAACACUAAUCAAUUAGCUGAAGCAACAGCUUAUGCAAAUAAAAAUAACUUGUUAACUGAUGUAAUCAAUAAACCGGUAGUGCCUGUUCGUGCUGUAUUACCACAACGUCGUGCAGUUCUUCCACAAUCAUCCACACAUUCAUCCAAUGAACAAAUACCACCAACUAACGUUGAAACAAAUGAUACAAUACCGCGCAGUUCAUCAAGUUUGAGUCAAGGAAGAAAAAGUGCACUGCCGAUGCCUGUAGCAAAUCAAUUGAAACAGCCGAAUGUUACCUCUGUUUCACGCUACGCAUCUUCAAAUAUAAUUCCAUCCUCUCAAUCAUCAGAUAGUGUUGGCAAGUCUGAACCCUCUAUUCAACAUCAACAGGGAAAAAUACCGGAUAAUAUGUCACCAUCUCAAUCUUGGAACGAAGGAUGUUAUUAA